CUAAACAGGCUCAUUACAGAUGUUUGAUUUUCUCUCUCUUUCUCCUUCUGUACCUCUUUCGUUUCUCAAAGCAGCUUAAAGAAUGGGAGACUGGUCCAUUCUCGGUCGUUUCCUGACGGAAGUGCAGAACCACUCCACUGUGAUUGGCAAGAUCUGGCUGACCAUGCUGUUGAUCUUCCGCAUCCUGCUGGUGGCACUGGUGGGCGACGCUGUGUACAGCGAUGAGCAGUCCAAGUUCACCUGCAACACCCUGCAGCCCGGCUGCAACAACGUGUGCUAUGACACGUUUGCCCCGGUUUCCCACCUGCGCUUCUGGGUCUUCCAGAUCGUGCUGGUCUCCACGCCGUCCAUCUUCUACGUCAUCUACGUGCUUAACAAGAUCGCUAAAGAUGAGAAACGUGAUAUAGAGGCAAAGGAGAAGGAGCUUGAGGUGACUUCACCUGAAACCAACCACCAGGAGGCACUGGAGUUCAAGACCCCCACCCUGAUGGCUCGAUCUGAGGGAUCCUGGGGCCCUCAGGAAGUGGAGAGCUUGGACCAGACCUUGCUGGAGGAGGAUGAGGACUUUGGCGAAGUGUCUAAAGACCCUACCGAGCUGUCCAGUCACGUUCUGCUCACGUACAUCGUGCACGUGGUGCUGCGUUCGAUCAUGGAGCUCGUGUUCCUCGUGGGUCAGUGCUGUCUGUUCGGAUUCGAGGUUCCUCACCUGUUCCAGUGCGAGACGUACCCGUGCCCCAACCGAACGGACUGCUUUGUGUCGCGAUCUACAGAGAAGACCAUCUUCCUCAACUUCAUGUUCAGCAUCGGCCUGGGCUGCUUCCUGCUCAACAUCGUUGAGCUGCACUACCUCGGCUGGGUCUACGUCUUCCGGAUCAUCUGCCUGGCGUGUUCGACGUGCUGCGAGCCGGACAAAGACCCAAACCCUGCACGGCGCACGCGGGUACAAUACGCCAACCACAGGCCACUCCUCCUGAAGCUCACCCACUCCCUGCGGAGCCACGUGCUGCUGCAGCCUCCACUUCCAGCAACCCUGGAGAAGGAACGCUGCCGCCCAAUGACCUUGCACAGUCCCUCCAUCUCCUUUGAGGCGGACUCCACCGUGCAGUAUGCGAGAGGGCCAGACGAGCAGGAGUGUGUGAGAGCCAAACUGGGCAGAUGCAAGAAGUCUUGGCUAUGA